UUUGGGAUGGGGGGUGGGGGGGGGGAGAAAAAGGACAGCAGAAAAUCCUAUGGGAGCAACGUGGCGCGACGUGGGCUUGUUCUGAUGGGGGAGAAAUGGGAAACUAUUCCGAAAAAUAGGGGUGAAAAACACCCAGCCGAGCAGGAGGUGGUGAUGGAAAUGCGGGUUGGGGUUGGAGGGGAGGAGAUUCGGGAAGGUUUUGGGAUGGGGGGGACUGAUGGAGUUCGCCCCUACGGCAGGCAAAGAGGCGAUGCUGAAGCAGAAGGACUACGAGACGGCCACGCUGUCCGACAUCAAAGCUCUCAUCCGAAAGCACGAAGCUUUUGAGAGCGACCUGGCGGCUCACCAGGACCGAGUGGAGCAAAUCGCAGCCAUCGCCCAGGAGCUGAAUGAGCUGGAUUACUACGACUCCCCCAGCGUCAACGCGCGGUGCCAGAAGAUCUGCGACCAGUGGGACGUGCUGGGCUCCCUGACCCACAGCCGCAGGGAAGCCCUGGAGAAAACGGAGAAGCAGCUGGAAACCAUCGAUGAGCUGCACCUGGAAUACGCCAAGAGGGCAGCGCCCUUCAACAACUGGAUGGAGAGCGCCAUGGAGGACCUGCAGGACAUGUUCAUCGUGCACACCAUCGAGGAGAUCGAGGUGGGGGGGGGGUCUCAAAUGGGGGGGCAGGUCGUAGAGUCGUAGGAUCAUAGAAUCACCGAGGUUGGAAAGGACCUAAAAGCUCAUCCGGUCCAACCGUUCCCCUGUAUUCCCAAUAGCUCCCACUAAAGCACGUCCCUCAACACCACAGCCAGUCUGUGUAGCCCUGUGGGUUCCCAUGUAUCCCUAUGGGUCUCCCAUGUAUC